UGCACUCAGCAGACUGCAACAAAGUCUUUAAAAAGGCAACUCUUCCCCCCCUACUUCCAAUACCACCCAUACCGCAACUCUAAUAAACCCCUCUCUUCUCUCUCUCUCCCCCUCUCUCUGCAAAUUUUACUUGUGUGCCUGUGCAGUCUACACAAAUGCAGGUAACAGAAUGCGACUUCGGCACAAAAGCUGUACUAACUGCACCGUUGUCACUGGAAGGCGAGGAAUCCAAUUCCAAGUAUAAAGCUCCCAACAUCAUCCAACGCAUUCUAAGCCUUCUCACCAACGUACGGCCAGGAUCCGACCUCAACCGCCUUCAGCUACCGCCGCAGUUCAAUAUUCCAAAGUCUCAGCUGCAGUGCUAUGGAGAAUCAGUGUACAGCAUUAGCUCCAACAUGUUGAGCAAGUGUGCAGAGGGGGAGACGCCGCUCAACCGUUUUGUAUCGGUUGUUGCUUGGAGCAUAUCGAUGGUACGUCCAUUGGCCUUUGGGUUGGCCCCUUACAACCCGAUUCUUGGAGAGUCCCAUCAUGUUUCGAGGGGUACGCUUAACGUGCUAUUAGAACAGGUUUCGCAUCAUCCACCUGUCAGUGCGCUCCAUGCAACUGACGAGAAACACCACAUUGAUCUGCUAUGGUGUCAAUCUCCCUUACCAAAGUUUCACGCAACAGGGACUCACAUUGAGGUUGAGGUGCAUGGGAAGCGGCAGCUAAAGCUGCUCAACAAGAAUGAAACUUACACGAUGACUCCGCCCAAUCUGGUCAUAAGAUUCUUACCAGUGCCUGGGGUUGAUUGGUUGGGGAAUGCAACAGUCCGAUGUCAAGAAACUGGCCUUGAAGCAGAGUUGUGUUACAGAGGGAACUCGUUUUUGCCCCGACCAUCUGUACAUAGGUCGAUUAAAGGAAAGAUCUUUCUGUCAUCGAUGAUGGAGACUGUUUAUGAGAUUAACGGCCACUGGGAUAGAACUGUCACGGUGAAGGAUGUCAAGACUGGGAAAAAGACGGUCAUCUACAGCGCAAAAGAAGCACUCACCGGAUUGAAGACUCCCAUCGUUAAGGAUCCGAAGGCAGUUUUGUCGACCGAGUCGGCUGUUGUAUGGGGUGAAGUGAACCAAGCAAUCCUGCAGAAAAGCUGGGAUAAAGCGAGGGAGGCUAAGACCUGCAUCGAAGAAAGGCAAAGGCAGGUAGCCAGAGAAAAAACGUCGAGAGAAGACGAAUGGUCCCCUAAGCAUUUUAGUGUAUCUCACAGCAAGGAGAGUGGGUGGGACUGCUCACCAACUCACAAGUUGGUUCCCCCAGCCCCUAUUGUUGUUAAUGACUGAUCUCUUGUUUAAAGGGGAAACUGCAUUCAAAUUAAGCUUAAAUAUACUACAUCGAUUGAUGUCUUAGUCUAAUACAACACGCCCUCAUCAACGUAAUCUUAAUUAAA